AUGAGCUACUACCGCAGCUACUAUGGAGGCCUGGGCUAUGGCUAUGGAGGCCUGGGCUAUGGCUACCGAGGCUUUGGGAACCUGGGCUAUGGCUACAGAGGCUUUGGGGACCUGGGUUAUGGCUACGGUUGUGGAUGUGGCUUUGGAGGCUACAGAUAUGGCUCUGGAUUUGGAGGCUACGGCGAUGGCUACCGCCGUCCAAUUUACUACGGAGGAUUUGGAUUCUCCCGCUUCUACUGA